CGCGCUGCCCCGCGCUCGCUCCUCCAACCUGUGCGUGCGGGGAGCCAGCCCCGGCGAGCAAACAAAGUUGCUGGGAGCCCCGAGGAUGGGACUUCAUCCGCAAGCCCUCCUCGCCUGGCCGCUGCUGGCUCUGGCUUUCCCUUCAGUGGCCCUGGGCUUCUCGGAUGAGACCCUGGAGAAAGCCACGAAAUCCGAAGGAUACUGCAGCCGGAUCCUGCGAGCCCAAGGCACCCGGAGAGAAGGGUACAAUGAAUUUAGCCUCCGAGUAGAGGGAGAUCCGGAAUUUUACAAGCCUGGAAAUAGUUACAGGGUAACGCUGUCAGCAGCCACACCUGCGUACUUUCGUGGCUUCACACUGAUUGCUCUCAAGGAGGGUAAAGAGGGAGACAAAGAAGAAGACCAUGCAGGGACUUUUCAGAUUAUAGAUGAAGAAGAAACACAGUUCAUGAGCAAUUGUCCUGUCGCUGUUACUGAGAGUACUCCAAGAAGGAGGACACGUAUUCAAGUUUUCUGGACAGCACCUCCUGCUGGUACCGGAUGUGUAAUUUUGAAGGCCAGUAUUGUGCAGAAGCGAAUUAUUUAUUUUCAAGAUGAAGGCUCUCUUACCAAGAAACUAUGUGAACAAGACUCAGCCUUUGAAGGCGUGACCGACAAACCAAUCCUGGACUGCUGUGCCUGUGGAACUGCUAAAUAUAGGCUAACUUUUUAUGGAAACUGGUCAGAGAAGACACACCCAAAAGAUUUUCCAAGACGAACAAAUCAUUGGUCUGCAAUCAUUGGGAGUUCACAUUCAAAGAACUAUAUCCUUUGGGAAUAUGGAGGGUAUGCUAGUGAAGGUGUUAAGCAAGUUGCAGAAUUGGGAUCCCCAGUAAAAAUGGAAGAAGAAAUUCGACAGCAGAGUGAUGAGGUUUUAACUGUCAUCAAGGCGAAAGCACAGUGGCCUGCCUGGCAACCAGUAAACGUUAGAGCUGCUCCCUCUGCUGAGUUUUCUGUAGACAGGCAUCGUCAUCUCAUGUCCUUCCUUACCAUGCUUGGACCCAGCCCUGACUGGAAUGUUGGACUCUCAGCUGAAGACCUCUGUACCAAGGAUUGCGGCUGGGUUCAGAAAGUUGUUCAGGAUCUGAUACCAUGGGAUGCUGGCACUGACAGUGGUGUUACCUAUGAGUCACCUAACAAACCUACCGUUCCCCAAGAGAAGAUAAGGCCACUCACGAGCCUAGAUCAUCCUCAGAGUCCCUUUUAUGAUCCAGAAGGAGGGUCCAUCAAACUGGUAGCCAGAGUUGUCAUUGAGAGAAUCGCACGGAAGGGGGAGCAGUGCAAUAUCGUACCUGAUAAUGUAGAUGACAUUGUAGCAGAUCUUGCUCCAGAAGAAAAAGAAGAAGAUGACACCCCUGAAACCUGCAUCUAUUCAAACUGGUCCCCAUGGUCAGCCUGCAGUUCCUCUACCUGUGAAAAGGGGAAACGGAUGAGACAGAGAAUGCUUAAAGCUCAGCUGGACCUCAGCGUGCCUUGUCCAGACACUCAGGAUUUUCAGCCAUGUAUGGGACCAGGGUGUAGUGAUGAAGAUGGCUCCACGUGCAUGAUGUCUGAAUGGAUUACGUGGUCCCCCUGCAGUGUUUCCUGUGGAAUGGGAACAAGAUCUAGAGAAAGAUAUGUAAAACAAUUCCCUGAAGACGGUUCUAUGUGCAAAGUGCCUACUGAAGAAACUGAGAAAUGCAUUGUAAAUGAGGAGUGUGCUCCUAGUAGCUGCCUUGUGACAGAAUGGGGAGAGUGGGAUGAAUGCAGUGCUAGCUGUGGCAUGGGAAUGAAAAAACGAUACAGAAUGAUUAAGAUGACUCCAGCUGAUGGAUCCAUGUGCAAGACGGAAACUACAGAGGCAGAGAAAUGCAUGAUGCCAGAAUGCCAUACCAUUCCUUGCAUGCUCUCACCUUGGUCUGAAUGGAGUGAUUGUAGUGUAACCUGUGGGAAGGGAAUGAGGACCAGGCAAAGGAUGCUAAAAUCAGCAGCUGAGCUUGGAGACUGCAAUGAGGAGCUGGAACAAGUGGAAAAAUGCAUGUUGCCAGAGUGCCCCAUUGACUGUGAACUAACAGAGUGGUCCCACUGGUCUGAAUGCAAUAAAUCAUGUGGAAAGGGGCAUAUGAUCAGGACAAGAAUGAUUAAAAUGGAACCUCAGUUUGGAGGAGCUCCAUGCCCAGAAACUGUCCAACGUAAAAAAUGCCGAAUAAGAAAAUGCUUGAGAAACCCAAGUAUAGAGAAAAGACGCUGGAAAGAGGCCCGUGAGAAAAGGAGAAGUGAGCAAGCUAAGAAAGACAUAGAUAGUGAGCAGUAUCCAGGUUGUAAGAUGAGACCAUGGACUGCUUGGUCAGAAUGUACCAAACUGUGUGGAGGUGGAAUUCAGGAACGCUUCAUGAUAGUAAAGAAGAGAUUUAAAAAUACUCAGUUUACCAGCUGCAAAGACAAAAAGGAGAUAAGAGCAUGUAAUGUUCAUCCUUGUUAGCAAAACCUGAGGCUUCAAAGUGAUGCACUCCGAGCUAAAUGGAAAGUCAACCUUGGUUUGGUUUUUAAAACAAAAACAAAAAAAAGAAUAUAAAGUGUAUAUUCGUCUUCAUUUUUGCAGUGUGGUUUGCUUAUUAGUCUUGCUGGUGCAAGAAAUAUAUUUUAUAAAUAUUUCCUCACAAAUGUACGCUGAGAGUGGAUUUCUGAUACUCCAGCCAGCCCUUAAUGCAUAAAACUAGUAAGUCAUUGUGAGUCAUUUAACUCUGAAAUAGAGACAUCUCUGUGGACAUGCAAUAGCCAUAUAGAAAUAUUACCUGUAGAGACAUAGGUGGCAUGCAUUAACAUAACUAAGUUAAAGUGACACGUUUCAUGUAUGGAAGGAAUUCUCUUUAAAUUUGAUUUCAAAUAUCCAAAGCAGUGCCUUUGUGAUUACACAAUUGUGCCAAGGAAUAAUUUAAAUAUUGCUGGUUGAAUAACAUUAACAGGUGCAUAUUUAUUUCCCACCACUGGGUUAAAUUAGUAUUUAUAGUAAUUAUUGUAUAUCAUUUUUCUUCAUGAGAAUUCUAGGGUCCCUUAAAAAAGUAGUUUGCAUCUUUAAAGGAAACAGUUCUAGUAAGUCAGAAAUGUAUCCUUGUAGACAUCUCCGUAAAGAUGCUUAUUUAAUGUGCAAGGAUGAUCAAAAUAACAAAUAUGGAAAAAUGCCAUAUGCCACCUUAAUAGCACAUCCUUAUCUUGAAUACCAUUUUUGGUUCUGCCUGCUACCAUCUCAUAAAGAAUGCAGCUAAAACAGAAAGGGUCCAAAGGAAGUUCGGGGCAGCUACUGCAGCAUGAAAAGGCUUCCAUAUAAAUAAGAUUGAAAAAGAUUAGGAUUAAUUUAUGAGAGGGGCCAAGAUAAAAGUAUAUAAAAUAGUGAGUGACAGAGGGCGAGUCAAGUGUCAUAUAGCUUAUAACUAGGGACCAACCUAAAUUGCCCCAAGACACAGGGUUUUUUUGUGGCCCGCUUGCAGCAUGCAGAGCCAAUUUUUCAGGCAUUUCACAGUGGCCCCGGACUUGCUGCUGAUUGGUGGAUUCUGCAAAAUCCAUGAAACUGCAGUUUAGGUAAGUUCCUGUUUAUAAUGCAGAAAGGGGUGGAGAGGGGGUGAUACACUUUCAAAUGAAACUGCAACAUACUAAAAACUGAUAAACAAAAAUACAACUUUGUUACUCAACGAAUAAUCAUCCUGUGCCAUUCACUGCUGGAAGGUGUACUCUCAAGGCAAAGCAUUUAGGAGGGUUCAUGCCCCCCUCCCCUCCCCCCCCCAAAAAAGGAUUAGAUAUGAAUUAUAAGACUUUCAUCUGCAAUUAUACUAGGAAGGAUAAAAAUUAUGCUUGAGGUCCUAAGCUGCCAAUUUACUGCCUACAGUUAGAAAGUAGCUUCUUAUCAGGUGUUUCUGCAUACUUAUCCCUUUUUACACCCUUCUCUGAAGCAUCCAGUCAUGGCUGCAGGCAGGAUGUGGGAUUAGAUGGACUUCAGAUCUCAUCUAUUAUGGUUAUUUCUUAUGGUUUUAAGAUCUUAAGAUUUACAAUGGAAAACAAAAGGUAACAAUGUAUUUAAUUUUUGUCCAGUACAGAAGUUAUAAAUCUGUCUCUAUCUAAACAAACAACAACAAUGCACUGAGAAUAAAGACUGUCUGAUAACACUUUUUUUUUAAAGUUUGAGAGAAAUUAAUGGAAAAUUGCAAUCUUAUUUUUCUUUUUAGUCAGCUGUAUAUAAGUUAUUCAAAUAAUUUACACUUCAUCACAUGGUCCAAAAUUUGGCACCUGGUUUGGAAUGUCAUAAUUUAUGGCCAUUGGUGCUCACCCCACCAGAGUCAGGAAUCUUUGACUUAGCUCCUGUGGUAUCUCAACCGCAUAAGGUGGCUGGAUAGUGGAAGAAUGCUCCUUCAUUUUCCUAUAAAACCAUUGAGGGCCACUUGGUGUAGAGGGAGAGUUAACAGAAAAACCUGAGCUCCCAGGAGGAGCUGUCCCAGAAAACACAUGCAAAUGAGAUCCAUGAAAACAAUGCAGAAUGAUCCUCCUCCCCCUUCCUGGAAAAUAUUUCAUGUUAACUCUUUCUAUCCCCACAGGGAUCUUGUAGGUUAUGGUAACCAUUAAAGGUCAAGGAAGUGGAUCUACAUCUGCCCUUUAUGCCUUGUUUAUACUACUGCUAAAAACCCAUCUCAAAGGCCUCUCUAAUUUCUGUAUGGAAAGUAAUCACUUAUUUUUAUAGAUGCCAUUAUUAAACAUUUUAGAUUUAUUCCCUUUUAACAAAGUUUAUACAACUUUAGUUCAAAUAUAUGCAUUAAACUUAUGUAAAGUAUAUAAAAGUGUAUUACAUUUACAUAUGUAAUAUGUGCUGGUUGAAUAGAACCAUACAGAAAAGUUCAGGCAAUUCUCACACUGUUUCAAGUAUGGUUUCAAUAACCAUAUACACUUUAUUUAUUUUAUUUUAAUCAGGAGGGCGUUCAUUGUGGUUUCCAGUCAUUUCUCUUGGGCUCAGUAUUAUAGAUGUUUGAGUUUUUUCCGCAUUAUUAAUACCUGCAGUCACAAAAUUGUGUGUAGUUAGAGGUGUGGUUGUUUCUGGCUGUCCAGUUUAUUAUAUCGUUUUUCUGUUGAUCAAUUUCUUUCCAGUUCACUUUGCUGAUUUUCUUCUAACUUGAUACAAAAGAUAUUUAAGCUUGUUACUUUUUGUAAAAAAUAAAAACAAAAAACAAAAACAGAAAAUUAAGAGGUUGAUUUUCUAUUAAGGAAAACAAAAAAGCUCUGAUAUAUAGUAUGUAGAAUUAUUGCAAUGUUACUGUAAACUUUCUAGUAGUGUAACAUUCACUGAAUAUCAGUCAAUAAAAAUAAAACUUGUUAUCUCUUGUUAGUAACUCAUGAAUAAUACAUAUUCCUGAACUGAAAGCACAGGUAUCACUUCAGAGUUUUGUACACCUCAAAUAUCAGUUUUUAGCAUCCUGUGUAUGUUGUUUUUUUCUAACAUGAGCUGUAGAAGCUUUACACAUAAUACAAGGAAAAAGGGUAGGGGCUUAACAAAUGUAUAAUAGGACUUAAUAUGUGCAACAUGCAUUUCAAUUAUUUUUUUAAAGUUUUCCUCUGCUGCUGUUUUUGUUUGCUGUGGAACUAUGAGAAAGAUAUGAACAUUUCUUACCAAAGUUCUGUGUAGAUGUUUUGUAGUUGUCUGGCUAACACGUUAUUAUUUUGGAAUAAAGACAUCUUUACUAUAAAAAUUA